CUUUCUUGGCCACGACCAAAGAUGCUGUGGCGCAACCUGCGGUCGACGACCGUGCUCGCGGGCUCGCGCGGAUUUGCCUCGAAGCUCAAGAAGACCGUGCUGCUGCCCAACUACAUUCGCGUGCGCGACUUGGCCAAGAAGCUCAAGGUGCCUGCGGACGACGUCGCCAAGCUCGCGUGCAAGAAGCACUACCACAAGUAUUACCUCACGCACAACAACGUCGAGUACAAGUUUGAGACGCUCAAGCAAGUCAUUUUGCCGUUCGAGGUUGCGGCCAAGAUCGCGGCCCACCAUAACGCGCUUGUGGUGUACGACAGCGUCGAGCCGGAGGCGGUCGGGAAGCACGACAUUCCGCACGAGAAGCGGGACAUGUGCCAGACGCGCCCGCCGGUGAUUGCCGUCAUGGGCCACGUCAACCACGGCAAGACGACACUCAUGGACACACUCCGGGGCACGAACGUCGCCGACCGCGAAGUGGAAGGCAUUACGCAAAAGAUCCACGUGUGCUUGACCGACCUCAACUUUGAGACGCCGGCGACGUUCCUCGAUACCCCGGGGCACUUUCACUUUACGCGCAUGCGCAACAACGCGGCGUCGGUCGCUGACGUCGUCGUCUUGGUCGUCGCGGCCGACGAGGGUUGCUUGCUCCAGACCGAAGAGUCCAUCGGCUGCAUCGAAGACCUCGGCGUCCCAAGCAUUGUGUGCAUCAACAAGAUGGACAAGGCGACGCCGGACGCCCUCGACGCGGUCGAAAAAGAGGUGCGCAGCUACGUCGCGCUCGAGACGAGCCCCGUCGUGCCCAUCUCGGCCAAGCUCGGAACCAACUUGGACGAGCUCAAGGAGAAGAUCUUGGCCAUUUUGCCGAAUGUCGACCUGACCGCGUACUAUGGCACAAAGGGCGGCGACGCCACCGGCACGGCCCUCGAGGUUGUCGCCUCGAUUGGCAUGGGCACGGUCAUCCGCGUCAUGAUCUUCCAUGGGCUGCUGCACCCAAAGGACCACUUCAUCUGCGGCAUGAUCCACGGCGUCGUCAAGACGAUUCGCAACGCCAACGGCGACGUCGUGCCCGUCGCGUCGCCGGGCCACGUCGUCGACGUCACGUUCAAAAAUGUGUCUCGGCACCGCGACGCGCCGCUCGAGUUUGGCUUCCACGUCGUAUCCAAGGACCGCGCCGAAGAGAUCAUGGCACAACGGGAAAUGAACAUGGACUUUCAAGAGUGCGCAGUGCUCAAGGAAGACGAGACCCAAGAAGACGAGGUCGCGGAGCCAGUGCCGCUCAAGGGUUUUUUUGGUGCGCCGAUCGUCAUCAAGGCAGACACGGCGGGGUCGCUCACGAGCAUUCUUGAUACGGUGGAUGCGAUGCCGCUCAUUCACACGGCCCACGUCGGCCUCGGCAACAUUACCACAAAGGACAUUGAGCGCGGCUGCACCAUCUUUGGCUUUGGCGUGCGCGUGCAGGCCCGGGAGCGCCGCCUCGCUGCCCAGGAAGGUGUCAACAUCAUCUUGCGCCCAACGGUACACCAACUUUUGGAAGACAUCGAGCUGCUUCAAGCGCAGGAAGCGGCGAAGGAAGCGACGGCGGACGACGACACCGACGAGCUGCGACCGUAG